CUGACAUCUAUCAACCCUCUUUUCGCCUGUUUUGCUUUACCAUCCACGAUCCUUUUUGGGCUGGUCCGGAGGCUCCUGGAGGAUCUAUGGUUUCUCUUCAUUUCGACCGUUAACCUAUCUUUCUUUUCCAACUCGGUCGAAACUAUAACAGCGUUUCCCCGGAACGAAACGCCACUCGCUCGUCCUCGGUCUUAAUUUUUGUAUGUCGACUGGAGUUGACGGUCGACAUAUCCACCGCACGCCAUCUUUCCAAAAGCCAGGCUCUAGAGUCAGUAAACGCUCGAAUUCGCGGGCGUCCCAACCCGCGAACACACCAAGCAACUCACCGGACACUUGUCAAAGUCCGUCAACCGACAUAAUGGCACAAAGCCAGAGGUCCCGGUACCUGAAGACCGGCGCCAUCGUGGGCGCUUUGUUUUUGAUGAUCCUUUGGCUCUCACCAUCGAAGCCAGCAGUAACAGGCUUUGGCCGCGAGAAAUCCCCCACUGGUGCCACUCCUCUAACGGAUAAAUGCACCAAGCCAUACGAUCCCUCGAAGCCGUUGAUUCAGUAUGCACUAAUGAUCGAUGCCGGUAGUCAAGGUUCUCGAAUCCACGUCUACCGCUUCAACAACUGCGGCCCUACUCCCGAACUUGAACAUGAAGAAUUUGAGCAGACCGAGAAGAAGAAGGGUGGCUCCGGAUUGAGCUCCUAUAAGGAAGAUGCCGAAGGAGCAGCCAAGAGUCUUGACCCUCUCAUGCAGGUUGCAAUGAGGACUGUUCCCGAAGAGUAUAAAUCUUGCUCUCCCGUCGCUGUGAAGGCCACCGCCGGUUUGCGAAUGCUUGGGCCAGAGAUGAGCCAGAACAUCCUGGAAGCCGUAAGGACUCGCCUGGAGACUGUCUAUCCCUUCCCCGUCGUCUCCCGUGAGAAGGGAGGCGUCGAGAUCAUGGAUGGAUCCGACGAGGGAGUUUACGCAUGGAUCACAACAAACUAUCUUCUCGGAAAGAUUGGCGGUCCAGACGAAACGCCGACAGCUGCAAUCUUUGACCUAGGCGGUGGUUCUACUCAGAUUGUCUUCCAGCCCACAUUCGAAAAGAGCAAGUCGGGUGGUAUGCCGGAACGCUUAGCUGAUGGCGAUCACAAGUAUGAGCUCCAGUUUGGUGGACGGGGCUUCGAGCUGUACCAGCACUCUCACCUUGGAUACGGUCUCAUGGCUGCACGUGAAGCCAUUCACAAAGCUGUCGUCGAGGGUAAAAUGGCCUCUAGUGGAAACGAUAUGGCUUGGUUGAAUCAGCCCAUCUCUAAUCCCUGUAUUGCACCUGGUAUGGAGCGCGAUGUGGAGGUGAAAUUUGACAAGGAGCACCCACUUGGAUCAAAAGUGACUGUCAAGAUGGUCGGCCCGCAGGAUGGGUCUUCUUCGCCUGCCCUGUGCCGCGGCUUCGCGGAGAAGAUUCUCAAGAAGGACGCCGAUUGCAAACUUGCUCCUUGCUCCUUCAAUGGUGUUCAUCAGCCCUCGCUUGAGAAGACAUUUUCCAGGGAAGAUGUUUAUAUCUUCUCCUACUUUUUUGACCGCACCAAGCCCCUGGGCAUGCCUGACUCUUUCACUUUGGAGGAGUUGCACCAGCUCACAUCCACUGUCUGCGCCGGCGAAUCGUCAUGGAAGAUUUUCGAAGGCAUGGGAGAAGCCAUGGCCGAGCUACGCGACCGCCCUGAGUGGUGCUUGGAUUUGAACUUCAUGCUUGCACUGCUACACUCUGGCUACGAGAUGCCGUUGUCCCGAGAAGUUAAGAUUGCCAAGAAGAUUAAGAACAACGAACUUGGAUGGUGUCUAGGCGCAAGCUUGCCUCUUCUGAGUCAGGAAUCGGGAUGGACUUGCCGCGUGAAGGAAGUCUUCUAAGUAUGAUGGAUAUGGCGGUAUGAUGAUGCAUUGAUUUUUACCGCAUCAGAUGGCAUGUGUACAUCUGUUUUCUUCUCAUGCAAAUAUGACUAGAAUUUUGUCAUGUCGAUUAUAUUGUUACUGUCGCUAUUAGACGUUGCCCAAUUCCCUGUAUGGUAUAGCAAAAGAAUAUGGAAAUGCAAUUGAUGUCCUGGAU